AUGAUUGCUUCAGGUGCAACAGUUCAGAGGGUGUCAAUCCUGGAUUCUCGCCUGUUUGUGCCAAAACGCCAGACGGUCCAGGAGGCACAAGUACCUGCAUCAAGAAUCACGGACACCCAUGUUCCCAGGCCCCAAGUCCUUCCAGCAACCGGCACCAGCUACCUACCCGAAGAAGAUGACCUCAUACUGCAAGCAAGGGAGCUCAACAAGUCCUGGGCAGAGAUUGCCAGCAUGUUGCCUGGCCGAUCCAGCACAGCCAUUCGGAAGCAUUACACCAACACCCUCCGGCCAAAGCCGACCCCAGCUCCCAGGCAAAGGGCAGAGGAUGCCUGGGAGGACAAUGGCAGGCAGUCCUCGCCAGGACCUUCAGCUGGGCCUCCUGGCAGAGCAGCCACGCCUCAGAGCAGCAAGAAGCGACCCCCUGCAGACACAUCCAGGCUGGCAUCCUUGGAGCGUAGCAUCGACAGCAGAGCUGCUGCCCGCGCCUCUUCAGCCGCUCCCGAGAAGCAGGCUGGCAAUGGGGGCGCUGACAAGGGGCACGUGGGAGUUGUGGAGGUUGACGGGCGCUGCACAGAUCGCACCGGAGGAGAUGCUCGCGUGAAACUGCUGCAACCAUUCAAGCAGCCGCCUCCAGGCAACACUGUGCAGGAAGCGCACAAGCUGCCAUCCCUGCAAGGUGUCCGAUUUUACCAGGCAGUGACAGUCCAGGAUCCGGACGACGGUCAGAAGGAGUACAGUUUAGAUUUGGCAGAUACAGCGCACGGGGCCUGCUUCAACAUCGGCAUGGGCCCCGAUGGUUCCCCUCUCAUCUCUUGGUCCGACCUGCAUGCUCUGUACGAGCUGCCGGAUGGGACCAAGUGGGCAGAGCAUGGGUUCUUCCAUGAUGUUGAAGACAUGGAAGAGCUGGCUCGGGACAAAGGGCGCGCCUCUGUCAGCCUGGCAGCGAAGGGUGCAGAGAAGCAGGAGCUUUUCAGAAAAGCUGGCCGGUAUCACAGCCGGCUGCAGAACAUCGAGUACGAGUGCUGGGUAUUCAAGGGAAGUCUGCCUUCCCAGGAAGAGCUGGCUGCCAAAGAUUUGGAGCCCACAGACGCCUACUUCUGGCGUAUUACCUUCCAUCCCAAGACCCUGGAAACAUUGUGA